GCGAAUAUGCUUCAUCUCAUCUCUCAUUACGGUUGCAAUACGAGUACCUCCGCUGAAGGCUGAAGCCACCACCACCCUCUCCCAUUCCAACAAGGAAGACACGUGAGGUGCAUAUGGUGUCAUGGCCUCUGAGAGAGAAAGUUUUGACCUUACAGGACCUUUGCAUCUACCUUAUGUCUUAUGGGAUAACGCGUAUCAUCGAAUGUCAGUUGCUGCUAGUUUGGUCCAAGGUGUUUACAUUCUAGAAAGGGACCGGCAAGAAAAUCGUGAAGGUCCCGACGCUCUUGCACCGCCUUGGUGGACAUUCUUCCACUUUCAGCUGCUGCGCCCACUUGUAGAUGAUGUUGAUUCUUCCAUCUUUGGUGCAAUCUAUGAGUUUAAGCCUCCAGCAUCUCAGUGUAACGACACUUUAUAUAGAAGUCCACGUUAUGUCAUUGCCUUUCGAGGUACUUUAACCAAAUCACACUCAGUUUCACGUGAUAUUGAGUUAGAUAUCCACUUAAUCAGACAAGGGCUUCAUCAAACUUCUCGCUCUGACAUAGCUGUUCAAGCUGUUCGAAACAUGGUAGCAACUGUAGGUGAUUCAAAUGUUUGGUUGGCCGGACACUCCCUAGGAUCAGCAAUGGCAAUGCUUACUGGGAAAGCCAUGGCCAAGAGUGGGAUAUUUAUUGAAUCUUUUCUUUUCAACCCACCAUUCGUAUCUGCUCCAAUUGAGAGAAUUAAGGAUGAGAAAUUGAAACAUGGGAUUCGAUUUGCUGGCAGCGUGAUAACAGCUGGACUCACCAUUGCUAUGAAAGCCAAGCAGCAGAAGGAUUUAUCUUUGGAUCCAUUUGCUGCUUUGUCUGCCUGGGUCCCAUGUUUAUUUGUGAAUCCAUCCGAUCAUAUCUGCUCAGAGUAUAUUGGAUACUUUGAACACAGAAGAAAAAUGGAGGAAAUUGGAGCAGGAGUCAUUGAAAGGUUAGCAACUCAAAACUCACUCAGUGGCCUACUGAUGGGUGCAUUUGGGAAGGAAUCCGAAGCCCUGCACCUCAUUCCUUCAGCCUCUCUGACAGUUAAUGUUACACCUUCACCUGAUUUCAAAGAAGCUCAUGGAAUUCAUCAGUGGUGGAAACCUGACUUGCGCUUGGAACACAAGCUCCACAAUUACAAAUAGGUCCUGUAUUUAUUUAUUGUAAUAUAUUGGGGGAUGUAUAUUCGGCGAUGUUGGGUCUAGUUUUCCAUGUGAUGACUUACAAAAUUCAUUUUGAAUGAGCAAUGUAAAUUA